AUGAAAGAACACGCCUCUGACAAAUCUGUUCUCAACGCAUGGAGGGACGCUUCUCAUAGUUCCAAUGAAUUACCAAGACACGAAGGAAAGCGCAGGUUACUCCUGAUAUACAUCCAUAGCUUUCUAGGCUCAGAGGAGAGCUUUUGUAACUUCCCUAGGGAAGUCCACAAUCUCCUUAAGGUCUCAUUGGCUCAAACCCAUGUCACAUACACCAAGAUAUACCCCCGCUAUAAAUCCAGAGGACCUAUACCCCUCUAUAUUGAGCAUAUAUUUUUUUUCGCAGGAUAUCGCCACAACGUUGCACUUGCCGAAUCCUACACAACCGCUGGUCACGUUCCGAACAGUAGGAUUGUUGGCCUUGUGGCCUUUGAUACGCCUUUUCUUGGACUCCAUCCGCGCGUCAGUACAACGGCAGCCGGCAGGGUAUUUAGCAAGAAAGCAAAGAAUGAGAGUAUGCGCACUUAUCAGAGUAGCAUAGACAUCCGAAUAGCAAACGACGAUCCGACAUUCGACACAAACUUGACCAACGAUGUCGACAGGACCCAAUGGAGUGGAUGGGAUGGAGCGCGCCAUUUUCUUGCAAAACAUUCAGGUCAUUUAUCUCGUUCUGUUCUUCAGUAUGUUUUCUCAUACUAUGAUCAUGUCGGAUACGACACAAGAGACUCUGCCGUUGGGGCAAAACGCGAUGAAUCUGGUGGGAGUGUCCGCUUGGUUAAUUAUUACACGACUGCCUGCCCACACAGCGAAACCACAAACGGUAAUGAUCACGUAAACAAGAUAAUCUUGAGUCACAGAACGUCGCAAAUACAUGACUAUCACGUAGAAGAUGGAGUCUCUGCGUUGGUGUUACCUGAUAUGCGAGCUGAUGUACGAGGAACGGUGGCAGAUAACCGCUCGUCUGACUCACUGCUAGCCACGAAAUCUUCUUCCAACAGGAUUGAUAUACGGUCAUCCUCAAGCUCAUGCGAUUCAGACGAGCACGAAAAUAAGCGCGAGGGUUCUCGUCUCAGACCACCAGGACGACUAUUCUGCUGUGUUCCAGAAACAGCCCGCAGAGAGCAGAUCUUGGUUCCGCUACGGAUGGAGGGCAUGGAAGAAAUCACCGCCCACCAGUCCAUGUUUCUUCCUCUGGGCACAUAUUACGACCGAUUGGUUGCCGAUGCUGUGGCAAAGAUUGAAAGUUGGCUGUUAUGAGUAUAUUUCCAUAGAUUCAGU